ACUGUGAUUUGUUUUUAAUUUGGGGGAAAGAAAUACUCUCUCUCAGUCUCACUGGUACACAACUAUUUGAGUGCGAAAGCAAGCAGAGAGAGAGAGAGAGGAGGGAUGAUGAGAGCAGUUGACAGUGCGAUUCGAAGCGUGCAUACGGCGCUCAAUAGCCCUCGCCUAACCAGAAUCUCUCUUCGUGCUCCUAAAUCGGUGGAGGUCGAAUUUGAUGAUGGCAGUGCAUAUAAUCUGUCAGCUGAAUACUUGCGAGUUUAUAGCCCUGCAGUUGAUAGUAAGAUCAGAUCAGUCGGAGGAGAAAAGGUUAUAGCCGGGAGGCGUCAUGUUGGGAUCAUGUCUGCAGAACCUGUGGGAAACUAUGGGGUGAGAUUACUUUUCGAUGACUUGCAUAAAACUGGGAUCUUCACAUGGGAUUUCUUUUAUUAUCUUGGUAGCAACAAGUUUUCGCUCAUGAGAAACUACCUUGAAACUAUAAAGAAACACGGCCUUAGCCGUGACCCAAAACCAAGGAAGUGAAGUGUGUACUUCUAGGUGUCGGUUUGAAUGCAGGAGAAGAUCGACCGAUGCCCUUUGGGAGUGGGAAGAUAGUUCGUUCUUUUCAUUUAUCAAGAUAAAUUGUCCGAGUCAUUAUUCCAGAUCUUUGAUGCUGCAGGUGAAGUAGAUUACAUUAUGUGUAUUAGUUCACUCUAAUUUUGAACCAUAUGAAAUUUAUGCUCUCUGAAGACUACUUAUUGUAGCAAUAGCAGUAGAAUGAUAAGACUGCUAAAUAGCCAAUAAUCUGAAAUUUAACUCUCAAAUAGAA